AUGGACCCCCACCUGGGAACGGACUUUGCAGCCAUCGCCCCAAUCAUGAGCGGUAGAUAUCCUCCUUAUAACUCGCUAGCACAUUAUGAUGAGAGCACGGGGAAAACAGAAGUUUACUUCUUGGGACGCACACAUCUCAUGCAAGAACCCGGUUUCAUUCCUCGUGCGAGCUCUACGGAGGAAGGUGAUAGAUAUUUGAUGGAAUUGAUAAACAACUAUCGCACACUGUCCAGUGAGCUGCGUCUUCUUUCACCGAGACCCGGGCGAUCAUCAUGCUUCCUUUCAGACACAGAGCUGGUCUGCACGGGAAAUGGGUUGACAACAACUAGCGAGUGA